GGACGGGCGAUGCGGCGCUGAGGGCGGCGGGGCCGGGGCCGGGCGCGCCGCGAUGCUCCGCCGCAGCCUGAGCCGCCUGUGUGCUGGGGAAGAGAAGCGGGUCGGUACACGCACUGUGGUGGUCGGACACCGCCCGGUUUCGGAAACAGAUGCUUAUGUGGCCCAGAAGUUCUGUGACAACAGGAUUGUCUCCUCCAAGUACACCCUCUGGAACUUCCUCCCGAAGAACCUUUUUGAGCAGUUUAGAAGAAUUGCCAACUUCUACUUCCUCAUCAUCUUCCUGGUGCAGGUGAUAGUGGACACCCCAACCAGCCCCGUGACCAGCGGCCUCCCACUCUUCUUUGUCAUCACUGUCACAGCAAUCAAACAGGGGUACGAGGACUGGCUGAGGCACAGAGCUGACAACGAAGUCAACAAAAGCAAUGUCUUCAUUGUUGAAAAUGCAAAGCAAGUGCAGAAAGAGAGUGAAAAAAUCAAGGUUGGAGACAUAGUAGAAGUGAAAGCAGAUGAGACCUUCCCCUGUGACUUGAUAUUUUUGGCCUCGAGCAGCAUAGAUGGGACCUGUUAUGUCACUACAGCCAGUCUUGAUGGCGAGUCCAAUUUCAAGACUCACUACGCGGUGCGGGACACCACUGUGCUCUGCACAGAUGAAGCCAUCGAUGCCCUCACUGCUACCAUCGAGUGUGAGCAGCCCCAGCCUGACCUCUACAAAUUUGUUGGAAGAAUUAUAAUCUACAGAAGCAACCAAGAGCCUGUAGCCAGGUCUUUGGGUCCUGAAAACCUGUUGCUGAAAGGUGCUACCCUCAAAAAUACCAAGAAGAUUUAUGGAGUUGCAGUCUACACUGGAAUGGAAACAAAAAUGGCUUUGAACUACCAAGGGAAAUCUCAGAAACGAUCUGCUGUAGAAAAAUCUAUCAACGCUUUCUUGAUAGUGUAUUUGUGCAUCCUAUUGAGCAAGGCUACUGUGUGCACGACUCUGAAAUAUGUCUGGCAGAGUAAUCCAUUUAAUGAUGAGCCUUGGUACAAUGAAAAGACCAAAAAAGAGAGAGAGACGUUCAAGGUCUUGCGGAUGUUCACGGACUUCUUGUCAUUUAUGGUCCUCUUCAAUUUUAUUAUCCCAGUCUCCAUGUACGUUACAGUAGAGAUGCAGAAGUUCUUGGGCUCCUUCUUCAUUUCUUGGGACAAGGAGAUGUACGACGAAGAAAUAAAGGAGGGAGCAUUGGUGAACACCUCGGAUCUGAAUGAAGAGCUUGGGCAGGUGGAGUAUGUCUUCACUGAUAAAACUGGGACCCUGACAGAGAACAGCAUGGAGUUCAUUGAGUGCUGCAUUGAUGGGCACAAGUACAAGGACUGCAUUUCAGAGGUGGAUGGCUUCUCUCAGACUGAUGGACCUCUGAAAUACUAUGGCAAAGCAGAAAAGAGCCGUGAGGAGCUGUUCCUGAGAGCCCUCUGCCUCUGCCACACCGUUCAGAUCAAGGAAGCAGACCAGGUGGAUGGGCUGAUAGGACAUCCAGAAAGGAAAUACACCUACAUCUCCUCUUCCCCAGAUGAAAUCGCUUUGGUGAAAGGCGCAGAAAAGUAUGGUUUCACUUUUCUAGGACUUGAAAAUGAUUUCAUGAAAAUACGAAACCAAAAGAAUGAAACUGAAAUGUACCAGCUUCUCCAUGUGUUGAACUUUGAUCCUGUCCGCCGCCGUAUGAGCGUCAUUGUGCGAACCACCACGGGAAAGUUGCUUCUCUUCUGUAAAGGAGCAGAUUCCUCAAUUUUUCCAAGGGUGCAGCAAGAAGAAAUCCAACAAACAAAAGUCCACGUGGACCGCAAUGCUAUGGAUGGCUACAGAACACUUUGUGUGGCAUUCAAAGAACUGACUCAAAAGGAGUAUGACAAAAUUGACAGGCAGCUGAGUGAAGCUAAGAUGGCUCUGCAGGACAGGGAAGAAAAGAUGGCCAAGGUUUUUGAAGACACAGAAGCAGACAUGCACUUGAUUGGGGCUACUGCUGUGGAAGACAGGCUGCAGGAGCAGUCAGCAGAGACGAUUGAAGCUCUUCAUGCAGCUGGCAUGAAGGUUUGGGUGCUCACAGGAGACAAGAUGGAAACUGCCAAAUCCACCUGCUAUGCCUGCAGGCUCUUCCAGACCAGCACUGAACUGCUGGAGCUGACGGCAAGAACGGUGGGUGAGAGCGAAAGGAAGGAGGAUCGGCUCCAUGAGCUGCUGAUGGAGUACCAUAAAAAGCUGAUUCAGGAUGUUCCCAAAAACCGAGGAGGCCUGAAGAGAAGCUGGACAUUGUGUCAAGAAUAUGGCCUGAUUAUAGAUGGCUCGACCUUGUCACUGAUACUCAACCCUUCUCAGGACUCCAGUUCUAGUAAUUACAAAACCAUAUUUCUACAAAUCUGCUUGAAGUGUACUGCUGUCCUCUGCUGCCGGAUGGCUCCUUUGCAGAAAGCACAGAUUGUGCGAAUGGUGAAGAACACAAAAGGGAGCCCCAUAACCCUCUCCAUAGGGGAUGGUGCAAAUGAUGUUAGUAUGAUUUUGGAAGCACAUGUUGGAAUAGGUAUAAAAGGCAAAGAAGGGCGACAGGCUUCCAGAAACAGCGACUACGCUGUGCCAAAGUUUAAACAUUUAAGAAAAUUGCUACUAGCACAUGGGCAUUUAUAUUACGUGAGAAUAGCACACCUUGUACAGUAUUUCUUCUAUAAGAACCUUUGCUUCAUUUUACCACAGUUUUUAUACCAGUUCUUCUGUGGAUUCUCACAGCAGCCACUGUAUGAUGCUGCUUAUCUUACCAUGUACAACAUCUGCUUCACAUCACUGCCUAUCCUGGCUUACAGCCUCCUGGAACAGCACAUCAACAUUGACACACUGACCUCAGACCCUCAGCUCUACAUGAAGGUUUCUGAUAACGCGAUGCUGCAGUGGAGGCCGUUCCUGUACUGGACCUUUCUGGGCACCUUCGAAGGACUUGUGUUUUUCUUUGGGGUUUAUUUUCUUUUUCAAAAUUCAUCUCUGGAAGAUAACGGGAAGGUUUUUGGGAAUUGGACCUUUGGGACGAUUGUUUUCACCGUGCUGGUGUUCACCGUCACUCUGAAGCUGGCGUUAGAUACCCGAUUCUGGACAUGGAUGAACCACUUUGUGAUUUGGGGCUCCCUUGCCUUCUACGUGUUUUUCUCAUUCUUUUGGGGAGGAGUUAUUUGGCCUUUCUUGAAGCAACAAAGAAUGUAUUUUGUAUUUGCCCAUAUGCUGACUUCUGUUUCCACGUGGCUGGCAAUAAUUCUCCUGACCUUUAUCAGCCUUUUCCCAGAAAUUCUUCUGAUAGUUUUAAAAAAUAUAAAAGAGAAACAUCAUCAGGUAACGAAGCGCCUUCCCUCCUCAGGAACAUCCACUAUCUUCAUGCUUUCUCAAACUUCCAGCAAUCACAGCUUUUCUUGGAGUGAAUAAGACUGCCCCCUUUGAUCUGCCUAAGUUAGUCUCAUACAAACGCAUAGAGAAUGGUUAUGUGAAGACUGAAGAUGCUGUUACUAAUCUGGCAGAACGAUAUCCUCUCAGGAUACUUUAAAGUGCUCCACACAAACACUGUGUAUUGUCAUGCUGUAGGAAAGAAACCUGGUUUUAACCUAACAGUUCUCUAUAACAUUACCAAGUCCAGGAGCAGCCAUGCUGAUAAAGCAGUAGCCAGGGCACUGGCCCCAUGGUACCCGUUUGUCUUUGGUCUUGUUGCUUUCCCACCUCGGAAAAAAAAAAAAAAAAUCUGCCAAAUCAAGUCCACGUCGUUGAAAGCUGAGAAGGCAUCUUUAGGAAUUCAUCCAAAAGAGCAUGAAUGGAAGUGCAAGAGAGCAAUGCCAGCCCUGCUUCACACAGGGGCUUCCUCUGCCAGUUGAUCUCUGUCUGAGAGCAGCAGAGAGCUGCUCAAGUCUCUUGCUCUGCCUGACCAAAGAAGUAGCACAGACUUUAAACCCAGGAACAGCCCCCUCUGCUCCCUGAAGGCUCUGGGGAGUCACAGGAGCUGGAUGCAGCCCUGAGAGCAUCUCACUGUGGGCCUGGGAGCCCUCAGUAGGGGCUGCCCCUUGCCAGUGGUGGUUUGCCAGAUGCACAUGGCAGAAAUACUUGAAAAUCGGGGGAAGUCUUUGCUGACAAUGCAGAGCAUCCAGUUGCUUACCCAUCCUCCAGGUACUUCUGGAAGCAUCUCUUCUCUCUGUCCACAGCACUGAGAUCUCCACAGAGCCCCAUGGUGCUGGGGAGCACCUGAGCAUCCAUCCUCCCAGGGACAGUUUGCUCGUAGGCUUAUGGAUGAAUGGUGAAGAAAAGGUCAUUUUCCCUCAUGUCGUGGCUGCUCGGGAUGGAAGGGAACUUCUGGGGGGAGGAAAGGGGCUCAAAAGCAGGGCUGUGCCAGACUUUCAACCACUCUGCCUGGGCUCCCGUGGUUGUGCUUAUGUUACUGCACUGUGCAGUUGUUUCAACACUUUAAAGGCCUGAGUGACAGCAUGAUCCUUGGAUGAUCCUGGGGACACGGGCUGUGCCUCUAAACCUGCAGGCACAGAAAACUGUAUUUUUGAGUUAUUUGCACUACGAUAAAAAGAAGCCGGUUUAAAAAGAAAAGAAAUACAUGAACCUGAUUUCAUUUUACACCUUUAUUUGUUUUUUUUAAAAUUGGCAUGUUAUUUUUAAAUCUACCUGUGCCAUGGCCAUGGGAACUUUUCUCUGUAGGUUGUGUACAGCAGAGGUGAGAUGCCUGACACUUUUGGGUUUUUUUUUUUUCAUGCUCUGAUACGUUGUAUGUGGAAAAAGCAGCUUUUUCUUUUUGAUGCAUUAAGUUCUAAGCAGUGAUGGAGCACCGUGUGCCACCACUGUUUGGUGUGAAGGUCCCCUCUGGUGCUGACUGUCCCAGAGCUCUGCAGAGUGAUGCAGAGGAGUUCCUGUGAGAAGCUUUUGAGCCUCAUCCCAGAAGUAAGGAACUUCACCCUCUCUGCUGCUCUGGGCUUAGCUCCCACUCACUCAAGCUUUGUGUCACUUCUGUGCAGAAAAACAAUUUGGGACUAGAUGGAACAUUCCUUUCAUCAAAUUCACUACCAGUGGACUAUUAAUUUUCAGAAGAAUUGGGUCUUGCUCCCUGGCUGCCACCCCUGAGGUCCUCACUCUGCUCUGGUGGACGCAGGAUGCGAAUCAGCUGCAGGCGAAUUCCCGUGCACAUGAUAAGGA